ACCAUCUUACUUUCCUUUUCAUUCAAAAGACAUGGAUGUAAAUAAGAUUAUAAGCAAGAUUCUGACUGGGAACUUUGAAGAUGUGAAACGAUUUAUCAAAGAAAAUCCUGAAACAGUCAACCAAAUAAAUUCAGACAGUAAAACUUUCUUAAUGGCAGCUUGUGAACAGGGCAGCACAAGUCUAAUAGCCUUCUUGAUAGAAUCUGGAGCCAAUAUGGACAUGAGUGACGAAAAAGGUCGCACAGCUUUACAUUAUGCUGUGAAAAGCCGUAAAAUUGAUGCAGUGGCCUCCUUAGUUUCCAGGGGAGCAAAUGUUAAUAAGCAGGACUCAGACGGCAACACACCUCUACAUCUGGCUGUGAGGAAGAACUAUGAAGAUGUAGUCAAAGUCCUGUUAAGUAGCAAAGGAAAUAACAUUUUACAGGUCACUCAGCGAAAUAUUAAAGGUUGGACACCUCUACAUCUUGCCUCUAAUUAUGGACACACAGACACAGCUAAACUUCUCCUACAACAAGAUGGCACUGAUGUGAGGGUGGUGGACAACGAUGGUUGGACACCUCUACAUCUUGCCUCUAUCAAUGGACACACAGACACAGCUAAACUUCUCCUACAACAAGAUGGCACUGAUGUGAGGGUGGUGGACAACGAUGGUUGGACACCUCUACAUCAUGCCUCGUAUAAUGGACACACAGACACAGCUAAACUCCUCCUACAACAAGAUGGCGCUGAUGUGAGGGUGGUGAUCAACGAUGGUUGGACACCUCUCCAUCUUGCCUCGUAUAAUGGACACACAGACACAGCUAAACUCCUCCUACAACAGAAUGGCACUGAUGUGAGGGUGGUGACCAACGAUGGUCGGACACCUCUACAUCUUGCCUGUCAGAAUGGACACACAGACACAGCUAAACUUCUCCUACAACAAGAUGGCGCUGAUGUGAGGGUGGUGAUCAACAGUGGUCAUACACCUCUCCAUCUUGCCUCGUAUUAUGGACACACAGACACAGCUAAACUUCUCCUACAACAAGAUGGCGCUGAUGUGAGGGUGGUGAUCAACAGUGGUCAUACACCUCUCCAUCUUGCCUCGUAUAAUGGACACACAGACACAGCUAAACUUCUCCUACAACAGAAUGGCACUGAUGUGAGGGUGGUGAUCAACAGUGGUCAUACACCUCUCCAUCUUGCCUGUCAGAAUGGACACACAGACACAGCUAAACUCCUCCUACAACAAAAUGGCAUCGAUGCCAAUAAAGCGGACAAUGAUGGUGACACUCCUCUCCAUCUGGCAGUUCAAAAGCAACACUAUGGUGUGGUAUCUUUGAUGCUGGCCCAGGAUUCAGUGAAACUGGAUAUCGAGAAUCAUAAGAAAAUGACACCAUUGAUGGAAGCCGUGUCCAGGGCCCACCUCGGAAUAAUCCAUAAACUUAUUAUAAAUGGUGCAAACAUAAAUGCUGUCAACAAUGAUGGCAAUAAUUGUUUGCACCUCUCAAUAAUAAAAAAAGAGAUGUUCCAUUCUGAGGUGGAACCCAUUCCCAUUUUAGAUGAGUGCUGCAGAGAGCUCCAACUGGACAUGGAUAGGAGGCUCUCUGGAAUAGUAGUUUUGAGUUACCUUGCCAGCCAAGGAGCCAGCUUAUAUCAUCGUAAUAAGAAGAAGAAAGUGACCCCAUUGGACUGCAUAGAAAAUCAACAUUUGAAAGAAAAAUUAAAAACAUUUUUACAAUCACUGUGUUGGUUUUGUCAAGAGAAAAAGGCUACUGUCACACUCCAUCCAUGUCAACAUACUGUUAUUUGUCAGAAUUGCUGUUCUCAAAUGACAUUUAAGCAAUGCCCCAUAUGUCGACAACACAUACGCAGCAAAAGUGGAUUUGUGUGUCCAAAGUUUGAAGAAGAAGCAGCCCAGGCAGUUGCAGAGUCUGUUGAGUGUCCAAAGUCUGAAGAGAAAGCAGUCCAGGCGGUUGUAGAGUCUGUUGUGUGUCCAAAGUCUGAAGAGAAAGCAGUCCAGGCGGUUGUAGAGUCUGUUGUGUGUCCAAAGUCUGAAGAGAAAGCAGUCCAGGCGGUUGUAGAGUCUGUUGUGUGUCCAAAGUGUAAAGAGAAAGCAGUCAAGGCGGUUGUAGAGUCUGUUGAUUCUGUAACGGUAGAGGAGAUUCAUCUUCAUAGGGUGUCCCAAAAGUUGGCAGGUAAAUGGCAGGAACUUGGAAGGGAAUUAGGAAUUAAACAACAUGACCUGGAAAUCAUCAAGUUUGACCAUUCUCAUAGCGUUGUGGAACAAGGUUUCCAGAUGCUGCUCAAAUGGUGUCGAAGCAAUGACCCAGAGAAACGUACACUUCGAAUAUUAAAAGCAGCUCUUGAAAGAACUGACUGUUUCAGUGCAAUUGAAUGUUUAUCAUCAGAAUUCAAUCGAAUUUCUUUGUAAAUUGUUGCUGUUGCUUAGUCCCACAUCUAUCUUCACCACAGACCUAUUAUCAAAUGCCUUCCAUCCAGGACCAUCCUGUCUUUUCCCUAAGUAUAGAGAACAGAACCACAUUGUUAAAUGUGUCCUUCUUUAAGGUGAUAGGUUUUGAAUAGAGUAGGAUUUGGUUACUAAUUCUAGCAGAUCUAUCUACCACAUGCAGACCCCUUUAUUGGUUUGGCUCCCUCGUUGUUUGAGAUUAACUGUGGAAAUAAAGACAAACUUUGAAAUUUCA